UUUUUUUAGAAUUGUACAAGAAGUCAUUAGCCGAUUUUCCCCUCUUCUUCCCUCUUCCUUCUGGCAGAUCUUUUAAAAUUGCAUGAUGUGUGAUGAGUUGGAGAUUCUUAACAGGGAGAUUGAGAGGUUAUUACAAAGCAGCAUCGUGGAAGGAAGCUCUUUAAGCUCAGAAUCUCUUCAGCCAUCAAGCUCUGAUUCCUGGGAUGUAGCUACUGCUUCAGGCAGUGAAGCACAAGGCAGUUUAGUGAAGGCAGCUAUAUCGAGUGGAGCAUUGCUGGUUUCCGAGUCUUCAGGUUGGCGUCUAGAUGAACGUCUAGAUGAACGUUGUGCUUCAGCAGCCUGUGCUGCUUCCUUUGGUUUGACUCAACAACAGGCAGAAAAAAUCCUGGCAACCUCUAAUGCUGUGUCAGAGUUGGCACUUGGGAAUGAUAGUAUCACUAGUAUGGAAGUAGAGAAUUUGGAAUCUGUUGCACUAGAGUCUAAUAUGGAAAGAGCUUCUCAUGCUUUGGAUGACAAAGGUGAGCAAAGCAAUGAGGAUGAACAAAAAGCAAUCAAACCCACUAGUAAGGAGUUCAAGAAAACGUGGGGGUUUCGGAGGACUACAAUUGCAAAGCGUGAAGGCUUAGGGGAUGCUGAGAUGGACAUCGCAGAACAGUCAUCUCCACAGCAGCAAAGCUUGGCUCUCAGGCGUAGUGGGCGACAGCCCAAGCGCACUGAACGGGUAGAAGAAUUCCUUACGACAGUAAGACGUAGAGGAAGGAAGAAUCUUCCUGCAGCUCUUGAGGACUUGAAUGAACCAGCAUCCUGCCAUGUUACUGACAUUGAAACUGCUUCUGAAGGCAGCGUAGAAAGCAUGCCAGAUAUAAAAACCAUAAGCCAGAAGUGUCGGUCCAAGGACGGUAAAGGCCAAUCAACUCAGAAAAGUAGACCCAGUAAAGAACAAGAUGAUGAGGAAGGGGAGGAGGAUACAUCAGACAGUGAUAGUGAUGGAUUAACAUUGAAAGAGUUACAGAACCGUCUAAGAAAGAAACGUGUUGAGGAGAAACCUACAGAGCUAACUCUGAAAGAGUUACAGAAUCGCUUGAGAAAAAAGCAUCAAGAACAAAACCCCACUGAGACAGUUGAUGCUCAGGCAGGCAACCAAAUUAAGCAUGAAAUAGCUGUAAAGCAAGAACCAGAACAUAUAGAUAAUACUGAGAUUGGAGACGAAGCAACUGUCUCCAAGGAAAUUACUGAAGCAGUUCAGGUUAAGAAAGAAAUAAAAUCUACUGUGCAGACCAGUGAUGAACCUGAGGAAUCCAGAAAGAGGAAAUCAGAGUCGGAGGUUUAUGAUCCUAGUACUCUGUAUUGUAUUUGUCAACAGCCUCACAACAACAGGUUUAUGAUCUGUUGCGAUAGAUGUGAGGAAUGGUUUCAUGGCAACUGCGUAGGGAUUUCAGAGGCUCGUGGGAGACUGUUGGAAAGGAAUGGGGAGGACUACAUUUGCCCGAAUUGCACUAUUCUGCAGGUGCAGGAUGAAACAGCUAUGGAAUCAGGCCAACGAGAAGCCAUGUUGGGUCAGGUAACAGGUGAUGGCACAGAGCUUACCAGCAUAGGAACUGUUGAACAAAAGUCUAUUGAGGAUCAAGGAAUUAAGGGUCGGAUUGAAAAAGCUGCAAAUCCAAGUGGAAAGAAAAAACUCAAAAUAUUCCAACCAGUAGUUGAAGAGCCUGAAGCAGCCAAUUGCAUUGGCCCAGGGUGUUCUAAUGUGGCACAGCCAGGUUCUGUGUACUGUGGUCAUGAAUGCAUUCUCAAACAUGCUGCAGCCACCAUGAAAUUCCUAAGUGAAGGCAAAGAACAAAAAACAAAAGAGAAGACAAGAUUAAAAGCUGAACGAGCUGUUGUCCUAAAACCUCAGCCUCUGGCAGGUACCAAACCUCUCUCCAUGCAGAAGAGACCAGCUCCUGAGAAGAGAGAGAUUACUAUGAAGAAAACAGUGGUGACAGCUGUUAAGACUGAAGCAAACACUCAGACAGUUGCUAAAGAGCCGCCCCCAGAAAGCAGCACACCAUCCUGGGCAAGCGAUCAUAAUUAUAAUGCAGUAAAGCCAGAAAAGACUCCUGCCAUUUCAUCAUCACUGUUAUUCAAAUCACAAAAAGAAGAGCGGAAGAAUGAAGACAAACCAGCAGAAUCUUCUGCAGCAUCAAAGAAAAUUAUUGUAUCAAGUUCUGCAAUUGAGAAACAGAUGUCUUCCCAAACUAGAAAUCUGCCUCAAAAGAAACCCACUGCAUUUACUAGUACUUCACUAACUAAGCAUCCAAUUAAACACUCUGCUGCAAGCUUCAAAGGGGUAAUACCUAAGAAGUCUUCACUUUCAACAGGUCCAGCUACAUCAAGCAGUGUAUCAUCAUCAAAGCCUUCACCUCUGUCUUAUGGUACAUCCUCAGUUUCCAAAAGACCAAUUGCCUCUUCUAGCAUGGUUGGAGCACAUAAGAGGCCCAUGGCGUCUUCUGCUUCUUCUUCGACAACUUCCUCAGCUUCGCAAGCAAAAUUAAUUGCAAGUGCCAGUCAAUCACAACCUAACUCCCAAAUUCGUCAAAAUAUACGGAGAUCCCUUAAAGAGAUUUUGUGGAAAAGAGUAAAUGACAGCGAUGAUCUGGUCAUGACAGAAAGUGAAGUGGGAAAGAUUGCACUGAAUAUUGAAAAGGAAAUGUUUAAUUUAUUCCAAGCUACAGACAAUCGGUAUAAGAGUAAAUAUCGCAGCAUAAUGUUUAAUCUCAAGGACCCCAAAAAUCAGGGGCUUUUCCAUCGUGUUCUUCGAGAAGAUCUUCCUUUGUCAAAAUUAGUAAGAAUGAAGCCAGAAGAACUUUUAUCCAAAGAGUUAUCUAUGUGGAAAGAAAGACCAGCCAAAGCAAUAAUGGCAUCCAGACGCAAAACAUUCGAAAAUAAGAAAUUGGUUGUAAAACAAGAUCCCAUCCCAGAUGUUAACAUGGAAGAUUCCCCACCAGUGUCUGACUCUGAUGAGCAACAAGAGUCAGAUCGAGCAGCCCCUGAGAAAAACAGUGCUCCCAUUCUGGAUGUUUUCAGCAGUAUGUUACAGGACACAACAAAUCAGCAUCGAGCCCAUCUUUUUGACCUGAACUGCAAAAUCUGUACAGGUCAGGUUUCAGCAUCUGAUGAUGAACCAGCCUUAAAGAAACCAAAAUUAUUUGCUAAAAAGGCAGAACCAAAGCCAGAAAUAAAAGCAAAAUUCGAAAGCCCAGCACCAACAGAUGAUACGGAGGCUGCAAAAGAAGACUCAAAGAAUGCUGCAGAACCUGUUGCUGAAUGUGCGACCAAAGCACUUCCUCAGCCAAGCUCAGAAAGAACAUACGUUCCUUUAACACAAGGACAAACUAAUCCCGAAUCUUCUCUACCUAAUGAGAGCUCUCUCUAUCCCACAUCUUAUGCCGGUGGAGUUAUCACCACUGUGACAGUCUCUGGAAAGGAUCCCAGAACAGCCAUGAGCACUUUGUCAACCUCUGCUUCUGCUGGGACUUCUGCAAUCCACCAUUUCCUUACACCUGAUAAAGUGACUAUAGGAGAAAGUAAGCAAGAAAUGUCACGAUCUGUUUUACCAACUCCAAAAUCAAUAUUAACAAAGCCGUCAUCUUCAUCAGACCCAAGAUACUUGGCAGUUUCACCAUCACUAAAUGUUAGUAUGUCAGAGAUACGUUCCCCUCAAGAUGGAGAUACUACCCACUUUCUUUCUCGUCUCAACACUAUUUGGAAAGGCUUCAUCAACAUGCAGGGUGUAGCAAAGUUUGUCACCAAAGCAUAUCCUGUCUCUGGAUCCUUUGAUUACCUCAGUGAGGAUUUACCUGAUACAAUUCAUAUCGGAGGAAGAAUCUCCCCGAAGACAGUGUGGGAUUAUAUUGGCAAACUUAAAUCUUCUGUGACAAAGGAACUGUGCUUGAUCCGUUUCCAUCCUGCAACAGAAGAGGAGGAAGUUGCCUAUAUUUCUCUCUACUCCUAUUUUAGCAGUCGCGGCCGAUUUGGUGUUGUAGCUAAUAACAACAGACAUGUCAAGGACCUCUAUUUGAUACCUCUCAGUGCUAAGGAUCCUAUUCCAUCCAAACUUUUGCCCUUUGAGGGACCAGGUCUUGAAUCAACACGUCCAAACUUAAUUCUUGGAUUAGUGAUUUGUCAAAAAGCUAAGCGUCCUGCAAGUGUAUUAGAAUCUGAAAAAAUUGAGGAAAAGAGAAGCAGGAUUCAGAUGCAGGAAGAAAUGGAAGUAUCUGGAUACCCUAAAAGCACUACACUUUCUCAGCAAGAGAAGAAAUCUCCAAAAUUCUCUAUCUAUUCUGGAGAAACAAUUGUCAGUACAACGCCACCUGGAUCUCCACCACCUCCACCCCCAAAUCCACCUUCAGAGCCACCUUCAACAGGUACAACUUCUGUGUUAAAAAUAUUGUCGUCAGUUAAAGCAGGAAAGUUAACCACUGUUGCACCAUCAAAUCCUUUGGUGUCAGGAACUAACACAACUACUGCAUCUUCUACUACUUCCUCAUCUUCAAAGUCAUCCACACCACUUGACCACAUCCUGCAAACACUCUUUGGGAAAAAGAAAUCUUUUGACUCUCCUACUAAGGAAUCUGAAGGUGCUUACGCUUCAAUGCCAUCAGGGCAAUCUAUUACUGAUGAAGCGCUACCAACUGCUCCCUUACUCGAUCCCAUUGUGCAGCAAUUUGGGCAGAUGUCGAAAGAUAAAUCUAUAGACGAAGAAGAAGAUGACAGACCUUAUGACCCUGAAGAAGAGUAUGCUCCAGAGAGAGCAUUUGAAAUGCAUAGUAGUGAAAGUAGACUUGAAAAACAAUGUGAAACUUCAGAGCAAGAAGAUGAGGCUUAUGAUCCAGAAGAUGAAACUAUUUUAGAAGAGGCAAAGGUUACUGUUGAUGAUCUACCUAAUAAAAUGUAUUCAGAAUCUAAAAACAACUUGACACCUGCUCCAUUUGCGCCUGGCAUAUCUGCACCACCCUCCUUGGUAGAACAACAGAAAAUGCUAGAAGAAUUAAACAAGCAAAUAGAAGAACAGAAAAGACAACUGGAAGAACAAGAAGAAGCUCUCCGGCAACAGAGAGCAGCUGUUGGUGUAUCAAUGGCUCACUUUUCAGUGUCUGAUGCUUUAAUGUCACCACCUCCAAAAACAUCCAUAGCAAAAAAUGAGAUAUUCCAACAUGAAAAACAAACUCCUGAAAAAUCUGAGUUGCCUACAUCCUCAAGUCAGACUCAGGUAUUCAGUCAAGUAAGUGACCCCAGACAAAGUCGAGAUCCCCGACAAGCUAGAAGGAUUCUAACGGAAUGUAGUGAAAGUUCUGACUCUAAUGUAAAGCAGCAUGUGAAUCAGGGAGAAACCUCUGCAGGACAAAUUCUCCCACUCAGCUAUUCAGGUCCAUUACAAGCUUCACUUGACAAAGAAGAUAAUACACUGAUUUCCAUUACUCAAUCUAGUCAUAAUGAUGCAUGGGUUUCAAGCGAAAAAGGUUCUGCUCUCCCUGAGCAAGAUAUUCCUGUCAAAUUUGAAAAUGCUCCACAAGUUCACCAGGAAACAAUACAUAAACCAGUUUCUAUUGAAACAUCUACAACUGCACCUAUUCGUAAAGUCCUGUUGCCCACACCUCCCAAUCCAUGUUUCAUCCCCACAUUCACUGCACCUAACAAUGCUAAGACUGUAGGUUGGUCGAAUGAAUCUCAGGACAAUAAUGCUCCAGGAGUAGUAAGAGAUUCUUUUUCAAGCCCAAUGUUCACAUCUCAGGAGAAAGUUCCUGGUCACUUUGAAGCAGAAAGAGGUUCAUCACAUUAUGAAGACCAAAGAAAUCCUCAGUCUUCCCACUUUUAUGAACAAAUGGAAACUUCCACAAUUCAAAGUGAGGAAGUAAGAGGUGGGCCCCCAUUUUCUUCUCUUGGGCAAAAAGGUGGGCCUCCACUAAUGUGUGGUGCUCCUGACUUCCAUGGACAGAGAGGUCCAGCACAACCAUUUACUGAGGUCCAUAAUCCUCCCCCGAAUAAUGAUGGACAAAGGGGGGCUCUGCCAAACAGGUUUGGUGCCCCAAGAGCACCUAUUCCUUCAUUAUUUUCUGCACAGCAUGGACCACCACCUCUGUUUGGAGACAACAGGGGCCCUUCAUCAUCAUUUCAUGGGCCAAGAGAAAAAACACCUACUCAAUUUGAAGAUCAUCGGGAACCUAACAUGGAACAUAGGGAAUUUCCAGAUUCUCAGUAUCAUGAAAUGAGUGGGCCUCCUGGACAAUUUGAAGGACCUGAACCUCCCCAGUUUAUGGGAAAUAGAGGGCCUUCACACUUUCCUUUUGGGGGCCAAAGAAGGCCUCCACCAAAUCAAUUUAAAGCUCAAAGAGGAGGCCCAUUAGCUCAAUUUGGAGGGCCAAGAGGUCCACCACCUAAUCAUUUUGGAGGUUCAAGAGGUCCUCCUCCAAAUCAAUUUGAAGGACAAAGAGGACCCACUCCAGGUCACAUGCCAGCACCAAGGGGACUUUUACCACCACCAUUUGAAGAACGAAGAGGGAGCUCUCCACCUAGAUUUCCAAACCAGAGAGGUCCAGCACCACAUCAGUUUGGAGGACCAAGGGGGCCUGUGUCUGGCCCUUUUCCAGAACAAAAUGAGCCUUCCUCUACUAGACCUAAUUUUCCAGGACAGUCUCAGCAAGGUAUGAAACCAGCACCCAGACCUCUUCUGGAUCUCCCAAGUCAUCCACCACAGCAUAGGAAAGAGAUGUGGGAUGAAACUGGACCACCUGCCCCUCAUCCUAAUGUUUCAGGAGAGAGUUCUGAGUCAGAAGCACAGUGGCCAGCAACUGAUUUUCGAGAGGGCCGAAGUAAUGACUAUAGGGCUCAGCCUUUUGAAGGGAGACAGAGAGAAAGAUUUGAGGGAGGUAAUAAGGAAAAAACAUCAGAGCAGCCUGAUCAGUCAGAUAAUCGAUCAAAUAGAGGAUCUGAUGAUAGACGAAGAGAUCGUGACCAUAAUUGGGCUUGGGAAAGAGACCGUGGCAGAAACUGGAAUAGGGGUAGGGAAAGAGACUGGGAGAGGCACAAAGAAAAAGACUGGGAUAAAAACAGGGAUAGAAACUAUAACAAAGACAGGGAAAGAGAUUCAGAACGCGGUAAAGACUGGGAAAGAAACAGAGACAGAACCAGAAACAGAGAAGGGGAUACUUACAGAAGACGAGACAGAUCAAGAAGCAGAGAUCGUGACUAUGACAGGUUCAGGGAUAGAGACCGAGCUCGAAGUAGGGAGAGAGAAAAAGAUAGAGAAAGGGAUAGGGAUCGUGACAAAGACAGAGCAAGAGAUCGCAAGGACCGCAGCAAAAGUAAGGAAUGUGAUAAAGACUCUAAGCCAGAAACUCAGACAGGUGGCCAAAGACCAUCGCAGCCAGAAGCUGCUCCUUCAUCCACUAAACAGACAUAGACAUAGACUCAAACGUAGACUCAUUUCAAUACUGAGUCACUGAGAGAGAAAAAAAUUGUAAAAAAAAUGACUGUACUACUUGUUCAUAUUGUAUAUUCUCUUUGUUAGAAAAUACUUUGGUAAAACCUCUUUCACAAAAAUUAGAGAAAUUUUGAAUUGUAAAUGCAUAUAUUCACAUAUUAAGCAAGUACAUACUGGACUUGCUACAUUUUGUUCAUAAUGUUUUCUUACAAAGUACGUAAGUCACAAUUCUUCCCUGCAUUGGUACAGAACUUGUAUAAGACAGAUUCUGGUAUAGCUUUAAAAAGCCCUGUUCCUCCCCUCUUUGGGCCAGUGCAUUACCAGCUGGGGUGGGUGUCUGGAGACAGGUAUCUGCUGAGGCCAUAUACAGGUGCUGCACCAACACAUGGAAGGAUCAGGGCUAUAGCAUUAUAAUUCUAAAAUGUUUUGUUUCCUACUACAUCAUCUUGAAAUUUCCAUUUACAGAAGUAAAAGAUAGGGACUAUCUUCAAAGAGCACAUUGCUUUUUAAGGAUAUAAAGUUAUGUUUUCCAGUAACUUGAAUUGUAAUUUUAUGAGAAUUUAAGCAAGAUCUUAGAAGCCAUACCUUUACAACUCAGAUAUAUAGUAUUUUGGUGUCUCACAUAGUUCUGACAUAGAAAACAGCCCAAUAUAUCUGGCCUGAGCUAAUCUAAUUAUGGAUGGGUUUGGUGUAUUUAAGAAAUGAUGGCUAAGGAGCAGUGUUACUACUUGCAGAGUAUUUGAAUAACAAAUGUUACGCUUCUAAGUUCAUUAUCUUUUUACACAAGGGCAUUUUGACUUCAAUUAGUAUGAGAUCAGACAAGAAAUGAAUAUGUCUAAAAAACAACCUUUCAUGUGAGUAAAAGGUUUUGAAUGUUGCAUUUUUACAAAAUAUAUAAUAGAUGAAAAUUACAUCUGUAUACAAUACAAUUAAGCUUUUAAAACAUGCUUAUUGAACACAUUUUAUAAAUUGACCGAACAAAGGGGAAAUAGCUACCAGAACUAAUGCUUCAUGCAGAGAUUAAUAUUUAAAAUUUAAACAGCUUGACUUUUCCUGUAAUUUUCUAUCAAAAACACUCAUAUCUGAAGAUAUUCUAGCCAAGGUUAAGCACUUUUAAGUUCUAUUGAUUUCAGUGUCCCAUUGACAGUAGAAUUUUAAAAGUGUGUAGUAGUAUUAUCAGUAUCAUCCAUCAAACACUAAACCAUGCCGACUGACAGGUGCUCCUCCCCCUUUAGGACCAG